GUUACCCCUUGUGAGAUUCUGUGACUUUUACUCCCUCCAAAUCCCUGGCAAGGCUCGACCUCAUUUUGGCCGGAUCGAUUAGAGAAGAAACGCACAUAUCAAAAGCCGGGACGCGUCUUUAAGGAGCUUACAUCAGUCCAACGGCACAUUCCUGAACUGCGUUCUACCCUCCCCCAGCCAGGUCCAUUCAAACCCUUUCGAACUCUUUUUUUUUUCUUCUUCCCUCACCGAAUUCCCUUCUCAGCCCUCAUUCCCCCACGAAUCUCCUCUCUCAAAGCCUGGUUAUGCGCUUCCAUUCAUGGAGCUGUCACUAGAAGUUUACCGCAACAUCCUGAACAACGUUCGUAGUCGCGCCGAUAUCGCUUCGCUUUGUAAAGUUUCAAAAGGUUUUCGAUACGUCGCUGAACGAGCGUUGUAUAACACGAUAUUCGUUCGGGAUCCUCAAACGACUAUCGCGUUGUGCGAGACGCUUUUUCGGGAGGCUAGGAUCGCGCUGAUGGUCGAAGCGCUUACUAUCUCUCUUUCUUUACCUUCUUCGGGUAUAUUGGCGGGAGGGAAUGAUAAUGAGGGCGAUGUUAGGGGUGAUGGUGAUGGUAGUGAUAGUGGCGGACAGUAUGAGGGGAAGGAUGGUGAGGAGGAGGAGGAGGAACAAGAGGAGGAAGAACAGGAGGAGGAAGAUGGGAGCGAUGAACUGGCGGUUGCUCUAGCCAUGUCUCUCGGUGGUAGUUUAGAGGGUUCCGUGCAGGUGGAAAUACCUGGACCUUCGAGGGUAGACAUGUCGAUCACCGGAGUCGACGGGACCCCAGCAGAUCCGAAUCCCCUCCCUGCUGAGUACUGGACCUCGAUCUCAAACGCGUUCCAAAGGACCCAUACGUUGCGACAUCUCAACAUUCUCAUCGACGGCCCUUUCAACACCUCAAACACGUGGAUCUUCAAGGGCUGUACAUUUAGUUUACAAAGCUUUCAUUGCGACCUCGACUGGAAUCAAGAUCUCGUAUCAUUUUUCCGCACACAAGUUCAUCUUCGCGACUUAUACAUUAUAGACUACAAUCCAGCCCCAACAGAUACCACGGACGACGACAGGGCUGCCGAAACCAACCCGCUUGUUGAUACCACUUCUGAUAUCGACACUUCCCGCCCCGGUCAUUUGGAUACUUACCCUCCGAACCCUUAUCCUCGACCUCAACCUGGCCCUCCGAUCCUCCCUAAUCUCUCCAAACUAGAAUGCACAUUCUCCGAAGCAGCCAUGUCCCUUGUUCAGGGUCGCCCCAUAACCCAUCUCAAAACCUGUUUUUCCAAGACAGACAUGGAAGAGAAAAAAGCCGAGUUGGAUCUUCUAUUCUCUAAGAUCCGCUUGUCCACCCGGAGACUUCACUCGCUCGAUAUUGCGGAUUCUGCGUACGAAGAGACGUUCUCUAUGAAGUUGGUGCGGACUGUGGUGGCUACUAGUAGGACGAGUGCGGAGUUAAGGUAUUUGGGGACGGUUGUGUUGCCUAUUGCUGGGCGGGAGAGACUCACCUUUUACGGGCUAUUGAUGCGGUUACCCAGAAUUGCAUGCGUCGAAUUCGAAGUGAGCGACUGGGAUCCGUCGCCGCUGAGUGUAGGACUUCCUGCGUUCAAGGCCCUCGCUAACGAGCUCCGCCUAUAUUGUCCAACCAUCACGAGGGUCAUUUUCGUCCACGAGUUUGAACGAACGGUGAUAUCCUAUGUUGAGGGUGUGGGAAGAAUGGACUGUAAAUGCAGCCCAGAGAUUUUGUGGAGAGAUUUCUGAAUUAAUUUCUUGGGUAUGUUCCUCCGAUCUUGGAUGCUUCAAUACGUUCCUUUAUGUACGUCUCCUUUUCCGUCAUGGGGCGAUGAUUCGUCAUUUGUGUCCCUCCCGUCCAUUACAUUUUUACCCCUUUAAUCUUAACUCAUAUGAUGACCGCAAUUUCCCGACCUCUCACCAACUUACCUACUUACAACGCAGUAUAUUAAUUACACACUCCAAGACUCAUUGGACCGUCGGAUUACUGUAUCUACUAUUUUCCUACAUACCCGUCUUGCCAUUGACGCUCCUUACGUUUGAUCUGUAUCCCUUCUCCAUCGAUACCCUAACUGAUACCAUUCCUUCCCAAUGCGUUCCUUCGUAUCUCGGACUCAUCAUACCAUCAUUAUUUGCAUAUUACUAUUGAACCUGCUGUGUUUUGAAGCCCCGAUAGCCCGGGCGGUGACACG